UUUGCCUUUUUCUGUGUGUGGCCACUAUCUCUUGAAAGACUUUGGGUGAUCCUUGACUGACUCCAAGUCUACUAUGAAAUAUCUUGUGGACUCAAGUCGAUAUCUACUUAAGUAUACGUUCAUAAAAGAUUUUAAGGCAUGCUGUGUUAUAUAUAUGCCCCAUUCACCCUAUCUCUAAAUUAUACAACAUCUACUCUAUCCUAAUUACUCCAAAAUGGAAGCCACUAAUUUUAUUGUCAAUGUUACAAUAUUAUUUCUGUUCUUUCAAACAUAUGGUGCAAGCAGCAGCAACACCAUGAUUAAAGCUUCCUCAAACGUUACAUGUAUCCAAAGAGAGCGGCAAACACUGCUUUUAUUCAGAAAAGGCUUCACAAACCAAUCAAAAUGGCUGUCACCAUGGACCGGAUUAGAAUGUUGUGGGUGGCGAGGAGUUAAGUGUGACGCGAGAACUGGUCAUGUUGUCUCACUUAAUCUCUCUUCCAAUGGUAUCAACUCCACCAUCCCCGUUUGGUUAUCAAACCUUACUCGCCUCGUGCAUCUAGACCUUAGCCGUAACACCUUCCAUGGGGGAAUUCCAGAUUCUAUUGGAAACUUAAGCUCUCUUUCUACCAUUGACCUUUCAAUGAAUCAAUUGUCUGGUCCCAUACCUCCCUCACUUGAUGGCCUAUCAUCUCUAACACACCUCUCUCUUUUUGGUAAUAAAUUGAAUGGGAGCAUACCUGAAAGCAUUGGACUACUCACCAGCCUACAAUCUCUCGAUCUUGGUUUUAAUCAAUUGAGUGGGAACAUUCCCACUAGUCUUGGUCAGCUUUCAAACCUGAAAGAACUUUAUCUUGAUAGUAAUAAAUUGAGAGGGGUUGUUUCUGAAGAUCACUUCACCAAACUCUACAAUCUAACCACCUUGUCCUUGUCUGGUAAUACAUUGAUAACGUGGAACGUCAGCCGUCAUUGGAUUCCUCCCUUCCCACCGAAGUCUUUGCAUGCAAGCUCCUGCUGCAACAUGGGACCCCAAUUCCCAAACUGGCUUCAAACACAAACACAUCUUGAACGCUUAGAUCUUUCAAAUUCGAGUAUUAGGGAUACAAUACCAGAGUGGUUUCACAACAUCUCCUCUCAUCUUUAUUACUUGGAUCUAUCCCACAACGAGAUCGGACCCGAAUUCCCAAAUAUUCAAACAUCAACUAAUCUUGAAUAUUUACUUCUUUCAAAUUCGAGUAUAAAACAAAGCAUACCAGAGUGGUUUCACAACAUCUCCUCUCAUCUUCUCCUCUUGGAUCUGUCCAACAACGAAAUCGGACCCCAAUUCCCAAAUAUUCAAACAUCAACUGAUCUUCAGAAUGUAAAAAGUUUUCGAGACCUCGCUCUAACAUAAAAAUUGGGCCUUUACAAAAGCUAGUCAAUAAUAAAAUAUACUCGUAAUAAUAACAUAAUAUAACGACGGUAAAUGUUAUCAACAAUA